AUGGAGAUUCGUAGAGAUCGAAAGAUGGAUAAAUUGUGGUUAUCUCAAAAGGAAUACAUUGAUAAGGUCUUCGCUAGAUUCGGAAUGGAAAAUUCAAAGCCCGUGGGUACUCCUCUUGUUGCAUAUUUCAUACUAUCGGCAACAUUAUCUCCAAGUUCAAAUGUUAAAAAAGAAUACAUGUCACAUGUUCCUUAUGCAAGAAAGGAGCUUUGGCAUGCAGUAAAAUGGAUUCAUUGCUAUCUAAGGGAUACAUUAGAUGUAGGUCUGGUGUUUGAUAAAGAUAAAGAGCUUGUUGACAAGGAUAUUGGUUAUAUUGAUGCUGACUUUACAGCUGAAAGUGAUAUCUUGUUACUGAAAAUUGACACCAAGAAGAAUGCUGCAGAUAUGUUGACAAAGCUUAUUCCAUUACAGAAGUUCAAGCUAUGA